AUGAAAUACAAAGAACUUCCAAAUUUUAUUUUCUUAAUCACAUUAAGUUUUAUAAUCAUCGGGUUCAUUGCUUCGGUAUCAGCCGACCCUUUAUCUUUCGAUAUCGAAGAAGUCACUUCCUCCAUUCAACCAUCUAAACGCGAUAUCUAUGAUAAGCGCGGCGAAGACGGCGAAGAAGAUUACGAAGAAAAAGUUAAAAGAGAUGUACAAUACUUAAGUGACGAAAGUGACCAAGUUAAAAGAGGAGAAGAUGGCAAUGACGAAGAAGUUUACGAAAAGCGAUCCGAA